CGCGGUCGUGAGUGGAAAUUGUACUUCUUCCAAAUAUUAAAGCGUCAGCGUGACGGACACCACAGUACACCGAGGUGAACAAAUAAAUGCACAGUAGAAGAAAUAACGAAUGUCGACCCCCCACCAGGCAAGCGCGCAACACGAGGGGAGCGAAACAGCACGACGAGGAGCUUCUGUAGUACAUGCGGUCACAAGUAGAACGACCGAGGCAUCAACAGCGACAUCAGAGGAACAACAGACGGCAGUGCUAGCAAGGGGCCGGACUACCGGGACGAGGACCUCUGCUGCGAUUGGAUCUUUAUUCCGCAGGCUUCUACCGUCGACGACAACCAUCCGGCGCAGGAGCAGCUCCAUGUUUUCCUACAGCCGAGGGUCGAGGAGUAGUACCCGAGGGCGGAGGGGCUUUGAACAACAAUCCGCUGGUACAGUAGAGGGUGCCCAGCCGCAGCCGCCCCCACCACCGCCACCUCCGGCAGAGCUGCAACAAGAAGUGCAGAGGACACAGCAGCAGCAAGCGAGCGCCAGCAGCUCGAGUUCAUCAACGAUGCAUCAUCAAACUCGCGGCCUGGGCGCCGCGCCCCGACUGCAGCAGCCAUUUCUGAACGCGGCGCUGGCAAACUCGACGCCUUUCGGGGGUAGAGCAGGGGGUCCAUCUUCGAGCUCGUCUGGCAGUAGAAAUAAUACUGGCCAGGCCGCUCCGCCGCCCUCGCGAGGGGGAUCAUCGGGUGUGCAGCUCCCGAAUCAGUUACAAACAGUUCAGCAAGCAUCCAGUAGCAGCAGCAGGGCGAGAAAUGUCGCUAGUACUGGUGUGACGGGAGUUCCCUCGCAGCAGCAGCUUCCUUCCGACGACAUGGCGGAGGUAAGUGCGCUAUGCAUUGCAAAUAUGUCUGGGUCUGGAAGGUUGCAACUUGUCAUGCUAAAUCCGUAUCAUGCAAAGGUUUGUGUUGCAUGAGUGCCAAAAGCUGCCCCCUUUCGACCAAGCUGGGAGGGAAUUUCUCAUUGCAGGAUAGCCAUGACAGAGACCUCACAGAGUCUGUCAUGCUAGGUCUCCCAUUCCAGAUCUCAUGGGCCAUGGAAAAUCUGCAUGACAAUUUUACACUCUUCCAGACCCAGACAUAUUUGCAGUUCAUAUGCGAGCUCCACCGCCCGCGAGGAUUCCACAUCGGACACCAACUCGGCACGGCAAAUUCCACCGGACCCAGCGGCCAUCGUCCGGGAGCGCGAUGCGGUGGCCCGGCAGCGACUGCGGAGUUUGCCGGAGACGCCACGGGAUCAUCGGGACCAAAAUCUUCCACGCCCGAAUCCCAUUAUCCAGCCCUUUUUAUCCUGAGUAAAAAUGUCCCCACACCAGAGUCAAGAUAGGAAAUCCGCUAGACAAAUCCAUAAGCUGUGGCUGUUUCGCAUGACAAAUUUGGACGCGUAGUGUAGUGCUGUUUGAGCUAGCUAAGCAGCAUUACAGAUCUAGUAUCUCAUGCUGAUUGGCGCAUUACAGAUUUCCAAACCGCAUUAGAAAAUGCUUCUCAUGGGGCUCCGCAUGAGAAACAUUUUAAGCAUGCAGAGUAGCAUGACAACUAUGGUCGUGUGGGUACGUUUUUACACAGGAUACUUUUCGCUGCUGCCGGGUAGUACAACUACUACGGGUGCUGCCGCUGGUGCGUCUAUCCUGAGUAAAAACGUACCCACACCAGAGUUGUCAUGCAGAUUUGCCAUGACAGGAACAUUUGUGAUGCGCAAUCCCAUGACAGGCAUUUUCAAUCGUGUUUGGGAACUUGUAAUGCUGUAAACAGGAUCAGCAGAUCGAUUCGUGAUGCGGCUUUCCUUGCUAACUUGCACUACCUUACGGACUGAAACUUGUCAUGCGUGACUCACCGCAGUAGCACAGUCUGUUUAUGUCAUGCGUGACUCACAAAACUCCUAGGUUUGUGUUGCAAAAUCCCCAUCCCGACUCUGGUGUGGGUACGUUUUUACUCAGGAUAGCGUCCUCUUCCUCCUCUAGCAGUGCCGCCCGGCCCCCGUUCGACCCGGCGAUACCGAGAAUUCAGUACGACUACCCACGCAACACCACCGGGUCGUCCAAUAGGUUAUUCGCCGACGACGCGAACAACGCGAACGCGAACACGUUUACGGAGCUUUUCGACCAUAUGGGAGUGUCAGGACCGAAAUCAUCAAAGUUGCAAUAAUCUGUAAUGCAAAAAAGCGAUACCAGCUGGAGCCCAGUUUGCAAGUGGCGCAUGACAAAAAAGGCAGCAUGGAAAAUCCAAUUUGUCAUGCUGUUUGAGCAGAGAAGAUGACUGCUUUUGUCAUGCUAUUUUAGCAGCUCUAUCUCACACCCCAAGGAGGCUUGUAAUCGGCCGCAGUUGCCUGGUCUGCAAGACAGGCACUUUGCGACUAGCAUUUUAUGCAUCACAAACUAUAGUACUAUAUCAGCUUUAACGAUUUCAAUCCUGACGCUUCCAUAGACUAGGCGGCCAGGAACGUGUCGCAGUUUGUGCAGUCGGUCUUGAGUCCAGCGCCAACAGGACGGGACUUGAUGUACAGCUCAUCAUCUUCCUCCAGCAAGAACGCAGGUGGUUUCAUGGCUGGAAGCAAAGCUCCUGCCAUGUCCUCCGAACUCGUAGACCCCGAUGAGCCGCCGCCCCCCUGGCCGGAACCAAGUCAGGUUUUUACGACAUGAUUAUCGCUGUCUUUCGUGCCCACGCGAAGAUGGACCCAGCCCGAUGUAAAGAACAUCUUAAUCCUACUGUGCAUUAUGCUUUGUUCGUACAGGAUGACAAUGGUCCCCAGCACGUAACAACCGAGAACUUGUUUUCAUGCCCAAAUACAAUAAAUUUGAAACGAAAUAAUCACAGGAGGAGUUGGACACUUUAUCCUGGAAGGAGCGCUGUGCCAUUUCCGAGGCCCGGGCCGCGGCGUUGCAGCGCAGGUAUGACUGGCUCGAGGGGAAAAAGCAUAACACGGACGAGAUUCUGUUGCGGCAGCAGCACAUGUUUCGCCGAAUGUCGGCCCUGGACCAGCACGAAUACCAACAGCAAAUUGAGGCGCUGAAGAAGAUCAAAGAGGAGCUUUUCGCGCAAAACCAAGCGGUCGAACAGCAGAAAUCGGAACUGCAGGUGUCAAAUAUGUUGUACCAGAGUACGAUUAUCAUGUAUGAUAACCACAUGGUGAUUCUGAUGCUCUGCUAUUCGAGUCUACUUUAUUCCGUUUCCGAGCGGCUCUAUCAUGCGUGCCAAAUAAAGUUUUGUUUGGGAGGCAAAAAUUUUCAGCAUGACAAAUUCUCAGGAAAUUCUCUCCUCCGAUCGGAUGUGCAGUGUGUGUCUGGACAAGCCCAGUUAUCAAAGUGA